CAAAAACACGUGCUGUCAUACAGUGUUUUGUUUUAGUUUGUGAUUCUAAAUAACGACAGACCAUGGAUAAUCCAGACACCAUUGACAUUGAUGUAGAUGUGGCAGAUAAAUCAACUGAUUUGGCGCCGACCGAAGACAAGGAUGUUCAGGCAGACACUGCAGCAGCGAUUACAGAGAAGAAUGCUUCUAAAUCUAAGAAAAUUAAAAAGCCCACAACACAAGCCAAACCCGCAGCCAAAAAGGUGGUCAAACCCGAGUCAAGUAUACCGCGCGGUCAACCCAAAUCCAAUCGGCCCUGGAAGACGCCCAAGCAAAAAUUCAGCAACAUCAAGAAGACAGUGAACCGUCUCUCAUUCGAGAAGAAAGUGGCGCUGCGCAACGAGAUGCGCUACAUCAAGGAGAAAUCCAAAGAGAUCAAGGAUCAGCGUAAAGAAGCCGCCGUCCAGCGUCAUCAGCGACGCGUCGAGAACGCCGAGCGCCGGUUGGCCAAUGAGCGUCGAUCCGAAAUAGUCCAAGUCAUCAAGAAUCCGGCCAAGCUGAAGCGUAUGAAGAAGAAGCAGAUGCGCAUGAUCGAGAAACGGGAUCUUAGCCAAGUUAAAGUCGUCUAACUGCAGAAAUACCCUAGCUUACGUUUACUUAUUUUUUUGCAACCUAAAUAAAUCUAGUUUUGUAAUGUGA